AUGCAUGUCGACGACGAUGCUACCGCCGCUGCCGCCGCCCUCCCGUCCCUGGACGCCCCCUCCCCCGAAGGAGACGACCGUCGCCACCCCGAGCGGGAGGCGGUUGCGGCGAUGGCAUCGGCACCGGAGUCGACACCGAAGAUGCCGCCUGACGAGGCCAUGGGUCUGGGGGCCACGGCCACCGUGCGCACGGAGAGGACUUCUGCUGGCCGGACGUUCCCUCGUGGCGGCGGGGAGCAAGAGGGACGGGCCGAGACAUCGGACGACGGAGCUUUCCCGGCGUCCCCCAGUAGUGACGAGAAGAAGGGGGGCGCGGUCUCGCCGCGGAGUAUCACCGCGCCCCCUGUCGUGACAGCAUUCUUCCCGGCCGUGCGGCCCAGGAGGCAGUGUUCUUCCCUCCGAUCCGAUGCUGUGGCUGCUGCUGACGAGGAUGAUGGUUCUACUGCCGCCGCCGGCGCUGGUGCACCACCGGUGACGAAGAAUCCUCUUCGCGAGAGGCCGCGGUGGGAAAAACACCACCAACGGCAGCAGCACCCAGACUACAACUCGUCCAGGGAGAACGAAUUCAAGGCCCUGGACUCUGCCCAGACCGCUGCGGUGACUAGUGCUAAUUCCGCACCCUCUUCCAUAGGGCCGGGCAAGUCCCGGAGCAACUCCUUGCCGUCAGAAGCUGAUGCGGUAGCGGCGUCCACAGCUGGAACGGUCGCCGGCAACGACGGCAAACACAAGCGCCGGCGGGAAAGUCAACUCCCCUCAUCUUCUUUAUUCUCACCUUCUUCUUCAGCUCGUGGCGGCGGCGGUGGCGGCGACGGAGGCGGCGAUGAAAGAAGAGGCUACAGAGCUGGGCUAGAGACGAUGGCUGUGGAGAGCACCGAGCCAACAGAAGCGGGGGAGGGUCGUCAAAUCCACUACCAGCGCGACGAUGAUACCACUGUCCUGGGGAGGGAGGUUAAGCGGGCGAAGAAAAGUAUGGAGGCCGAGCACUCCGUCUUGCUGGCCGACCGGGACUCGACAAUACGCCAACUGUCUGGCGAGGUGGCAAAGCGAACCGAUGAGAAUGCUUUGCUGCUGGUCGCGCUCGACUCUGCUGUCAAAGAGAUGGCAAGCCGCCUCUCCUCCAAGGUAGGAUAG